AAGAUCCUUAUUUCUUAAAACCCUGGCAAUUAUUUAAAGAAUUUAUCAAGCGGCAACAUUGGUAAAAAAGUAGAAAAUGUCGGAAAGUGGUUGUGCAUUGUGUAAAUUUUUGUAAUUUUUCUUUAACAAUUGAUUAAUAGUAAUUAGUUAGAUUAAGUAAAAUUAAUUUGUAUUGUAUGAGUAGUAAAUUUAUCUAUUAGAUAAUUGUUUAGUCUUGAUUUAUAAUUCAUAAAGAUUCUGAAUUUACGAAGUGGCAGCGUGAAAAAUUACGAAGUUGUUUGUGUUGGUGCGGGUGACGGCUGACGAUCAAAUGGUUGAAAUGUGGUAAUUGCUACAAGUAAUAAAGAAUAGUCAGAAAACAGAAAAAAGCACAAGUUUAUCAUUAAAUAAGUGCGGACAUCGUCGUCGAGAUUCCUUUGGUACAUAUAGGGGUUGUUAAUUCCUAAAGUGGAAAAGUAUUUUCGUUACUUAUUUGUUACCCGUCAGAACACCUGAAAUUCUCAGAAACUGGUAAUUGGAUACCAAAAAUCGUAAAUUAUCGGAUAACGCCAGCCCACAAGAUGGCCGACUGUUAUUCGUAAGAUAAUGUCUGGUGCAUCUGGUUCAUCAGGCAGUGGAACUGGUCGAGGCAGAAGUGCAACAGACGGCAAACCAGACACGAAAGAGAACAAACCAAACCAUAAAAUGUCAAAGGCUCUCGGCACAUCGGCCAAGAGGAUUCAAAAGGAAUUGGCAGAAAUUACAUUGGACCCACCACCAAACUGCAGUGCAGGACCAAAAGGAGAUAAUUUGUAUGAAUGGGUGUCUACCAUCCUUGGGCCACCAGGCUCAGUGUAUGAAGGAGGAGUAUUCUUCCUAGACAUUCAUUUUUCACCAGAAUACCCGUUUAAGCCACCAAAGGUGACAUUCCGAACAAGGAUAUAUCAUUGUAACAUCAACAGUCAGGGAGUGAUAUGUUUAGACAUCCUGAAAGACAACUGGUCUCCAGCUCUAACAAUAUCCAAAGUAUUACUCUCAAUAUGUUCACUCCUAACUGACUGUAAUCCAGCGGAUCCUUUAGUUGGCAGUAUUGCAACACAAUAUAUACAGAAUAGGGAAGAGCACGACCGCAUCGCGCGCCUCUGGACAAAGCGUUACGCGACAUGAUUCUGUUACUACAAACAUGCUACUGUAAGAAAGGACACACAUACUCAACACCAUUCUGUACUAAAUCCAUCCUAUUUACCUAAAUGUAAGCUUAUUUUAUUGAUUAACGCGCCCUCUGUACACAUGCAAAUGGAUCUUUAUCAUUUGCUAAAAUAUGUAAAGCAGUUUUUUUUUCCUUAAAAAACCUACUGAUCAUUUGCAUUUGAUGAUUAUUAUGUACAAAAUUCCAAUUCUUAUUUAAGUCAGUUUUAUUAGGAAUAAUUUGGUAUUAUGUAUAUCAUUUGAUUGAAAUACAGUAUGUUACAUAGCUGUAAUGCAGAGUGCGCUUAAUGGCUUAUUUGUAAAUUUAGUUGCAAUUAAUGUGAUGUCACGCUUGAGACGACAGUCUGAAUUGUAUAAUUUUAGUUACGAAUUAAUUUUAGUUUAAACAAACGUUUUUCGUUAAUUAUACUAUUACUGUAUUAUGUAAAAAUGCAGACUAAAAAAUGUAAACAUAGGUUUAAACCAGUGAAUUGAGUCAAUUUUACCGCUCAACGCGAUGAUCUCAUGCGCUCAUCAACUGUUACUACUUAUUCAUAAGUAUGUCUUAUAUUGCGAUUGAUGUGAUGGCACAACUUGGAAAAAUAAAUCGCAUACUCCAAUGAAAUUGCUUAUGAUUUUUCAAUUUUGAAUGAAUGGUACAGAAAGUUAUUACAAACUUUUUAUUUUAAUUUAUUGAGCAGAAUUGCUACUUUAAAUGUAGAUCUGAUACUUAAGGGCUCCCAUGCACUAGGAAGACAUGCGUUAAAAAGCCGUUGCCGAUAUUUAAUGGAAGAGUGAAUUGUGUAAUUUUUAUUCUGUAAGAAAUUCCAAGUAAAGUGAAUAUUUAAUUCAUACUCUCUUUGCUUAAAUUUCGACUAAUGAUAGUCAUCAUCCUGCAGCUACUACAUGUAAAAAUAUUUUUUAUAUGUAAGGAUUUUAAAACUGAUUACUCUUAACUCUGAAUAACGAGUAUUCGAGAUAUAACAGUACAGAUAUGUGAGAUAGCAGGUUUAUUUAUAUAAUACGAUGUUGACAAUGUGUAGAUACGAAAUUCAACUAUGUAUACACAUAAAAAUUUUGGAAGGUUGAAGGUGGCUAUCCUUCGAGAGAUUCACAUUAUUCAGCUCUACUUGCUGUUAGAUUCUGUUCUAAUGUAGUCUUCAAAGAACAAUAUGUUCCUAUAUAUCGAUUGCCGCACUUCAGCUGUUUAGUGCACAGGGAGUUUCAAAAAUUUGUUUGCUAUAAUAUUGGCAAAUUCAGUGAUAUUUUUGUUGCCAAAAUGAUUUCAAUUUUCAAUGCAAUAUUUUUAAUAUCUACUUUUAUUUACGAAACAUUUAUCUACCACGCGCAUAUUAUCCUAUAAUAAAAUAUAACAAUCUUGUGUAUGCGAUAACUUCUAUCUUUCGAGUUGUUUUUAACUCAGCUUAGUUUAGAAAUAAUUUUGAUUGACGCAUAUUACUAUAUAUCGAUCAAUUAUUAAUAUAUGCAAACAUAAUAUAAUUCCAGUAUGUAGUGUACCAACAACGUGGUUUUACAUUCUAAUUUUUAUAAAUUUCCAAAUUUUGUGAUGUUGGUAAUAUUCAAAAUGAUUUGACCACAUAUCAACGUUUUAUUAAGUAUUUCCGAUAUUUUUAUGUUACGAUCGCUAUAUUUGUGCCAAAAUUUGUAGGCACCUCAGGCCUUUGCUCCAGUAAUUUCCUGAUUUUCCAGAAUAUUCCUUUUACUAUAUAAACAUUUUUAGAUGUAAGUUAUUUUAUUGUCUAGAUAAUGUAUAACGUACGAUUUAAUUUAGCGGAUAGUUUUUUAGGCCUUCUAAUGAUUUUAGCGAAGUGUAUGUCGCGCGUAUGUGAAUGAUUUUUGGUGAUAGCAAAAAAAAAUAGUAAUGAUAAUUUUUAUAUGAAUUCGGUGAUUAUGUUAGUAAAUGAUGUAACUGGUGCUGUGAGAUUCAAAUGCUUGCGACAUACAGAACGUAUGUGGGAAUACUUUGCGUAUUCGGAACUGGACGUUGUCAUUGUGAUUAAAUUAUUUUUUAUGGACACUAAGCACUAUUUGCAGUCAAAGUGUGCUUUUAAUUAAUGCGACUGAUAUGUUCCUUGAAAACUUGUACUAUCCCUUGUAACCAUCUUUCGUUACAAAUUAAAUCAUAAUAAAAUAGUGAAAUAAAGUUGUGUGUAACUAGGAAACAAA